ACAUGAGAUAACCCAGAUGUUUCCUGUGUUCGAGGAAGAUGGGAAUCAUACCCAUCACCCUCUUGAGCAUAAACAGGUUAAAGAAUUGGGAGAGUCUGUUCGCACUUAUGGUAUCAGCGCGAACUACACUCUGUUGCAAAUAGAAAGACUGUCCGCAGUGGCCAUGACUCCCUCGGACUGGAUGUUCGUUGUGAAGGCUUGUCUCACUAUGGGACAAUACUUAGAGUGGAAGGCCAUAUGGCAUGAUUUGAGUCAAUCACAUGCCCGCGCUAACGCGGCAGAGGGGCAGCCUGCUUGGACAUUUGAAAUGCUCACUGGACAAGGACAAUGGACAAAUAAUCAGGCAGUGUAUCCUUUAGAGGUCUAUGUUCAGAUUAACUCAUGUGCUGUUAAGGCCUGGAAGGCACUACCUAAUAGAGAGGAAGUAUCAGGGAACCUUACAAAAGUCAUUCAGGGACCAAAUGAACCAUUUUCAGACUUUGUAGCACGUAUGAGAAGGAUUUUUGGAGAUCAAGAACAGGCUAUGCCCUUAAUAGAACAACUAGUUCAUGAACAAUCCACCAAGGAAUGUAGACAAGCCAUAACUCCUUGGAAAAGAAAAGGCUUACAAGCUUGGCUUAAGGCUUGUAGAGAAAUAGGAGGUCCUUUGACCAAUGCAGGGCUGGCGGCCACCAUUUUACAAGGACAAAGAAAGGGCAAUAUGGCAGACAAGAAUAAGAAUUGUUUUCAAUGUGGCAAAAUGGGACAUAUACAAAAGAAUUGUAGGGAAUGCAUGUCAGGACCUAAGAGGAUGCCAGAAAUCUGUCCCCGAUGUAAAAAAAGGCAAACACUGGGCAAAUUAAUGACGGAGAAAAUCCAAUUUGUGUAUCAGAGCGAUUAUCUCAGAGUGACAACCAUCCCCCAAGAAGAUGCUCCUGUGGCUCCUGUGGUUGAUGAUACUCCUUGUGAAUCCUCCACGAAUAUCAGCAGAACCCAGAUUGGGAAUACUGUCCGUGUUUCCUAA